UUGGAACUGCUAGAAUUUGACUGUUCUCAUGGGUUCAGUCUCACUCCACAAAGUCAGUACCGUUGGUAUCAGGUGCUCUACCAAGUGGGUGUAUUUAUUUCACGGUCCUCAUCGGAUUUAAUCGCAUUACCUGGAGAAGUGUUACCAGUUUUAGCAUUGCUGCAGGUUCUCAAUGCAACUGUUUUGUACUGUGAAGCAACUAGUCGUUUUAUAUCACACAUUUUCAUUUUGUUCUGUGUUAUCAUCUAUGAAGGACUCUUGGGAGGAGCUUCUUAUGUAAAUACAUUUAGGGUUAUCCAUGAGGAG